AACCAUAGCGACGCGGCUGGCGUUACCGGCUGAUAAUGGAAACGCCUCCAGAGAUGCCCUCCACUGAUGGCCACAUGAGAGAUAUAGUUACAGAACGAUAUGUGGUUGAGUCUAAGAAGUCUGCAGCUCAUGCUCCACUUGCUUGUAGCACACAGCACUGUGCUUUUCUUUUAGAUGGGAACCAUCUCUGUGUGUGGAGCUCCAAGGACCCUUCUCACCAGCUUCUCACCCUACAAGGACACCAUCAAUUGAUUACUGCUGUGGUUUUUGGAAAUCAAAUAGAUCCACUUCUACUCUGCUCUGCAUCAGAGGAUUAUAUUAUAAUGUGGAACGUGGCUGAAUGCAGAGAGAAGACACUUAAAGGGCUGACUCCUCAAGGGACUGUCCUGGGCUCCCUUUUACAAACAGUGCUGUGUUUGCGGUUUCGUCUGGAUGAUCGUGUUGUCGCAGUGUGUGCUGGAAACAAAAUAUCUGUGAUGGAUGUGGAGAAGCAGUCUGUGCUGGUAGAGUUGAAGGGCCAUCAAGGCUCAGUGACAGGAGUGGCCUUCUGUCCCUGGCAAGCACACACCCUCAUCUCUGUGUCUGAAGACAGAAGCUUUAAGGUCUGGGACUUUUGUGUGGGAUCCUUGAUAUACAGUUCAUCCAUUUUAACAGCUUACCCUCUCCUGAACUUGCUUAUCAAUGAAGAAAACCAACAGCUGGUCACCGGCAGUGCUGAUGGCCAGCUGUGGAUCUUUAGUUUGAUGGAGGGACAUCACUACCACUGUGUGGCACAUGUGGACCUAAGGAAGAAAAGGGAGACUUUCAUCACCCGAAGGAUGAUGGCUGAGCAGUGCAGCCUGCCAGAAGACCAUCAGUGCCACUACAGACCAGAGGUGGAUAGAAGGGGAGAGGCUGAAGCAACGUUCCCUAUCCUGAACCUGGCGCCCUGUGACCUCUGCCUGCCGGAUUCCCAGUGUGGAGUUUUUGCUUCUGAGAGCACCAAAUGUCUAUGGAUUGGAAGCUCAACAGCUCUAUUCAUAUUGAACCUGGCAAGCUUUGAAUUGGAAGCUGCUUUACACUUCAAGGAAUUUCAGAGUCUGAGCAUCCAAGUUGCUGGGUCGUGUGCAGUGAUGAGCGAGCCCAUGAGCGCCAAGGCAUUUUGCAUACUUUCAUCUAUGUUUGGGAGUAAGAUUGCUGUAUUGGAAAUCGACUUGGCUGCUCUGCUCAGCGCUCAGCAGUACCCUCGGGCAGGAAGGGUGCUCUCCGUGCUUGCAAGCUCCUGUGUCCUGCCAACUUCUCCACUGUAUUUUGGAAUUAUUAAGGAAAAAUUUCCUAAGCUCGCCAAUACCAAACGACAUGCUGUGAAGAGUGUCGUGGAGGACAGGCCCCUGGUUUUCCACACUAAGGUUAGGUCAUCUGGCUAUGCAUCAGCACCGCAUAUGGCUAUGUUUUCUCCAAAGACUAACAUCAAACAUAAUAACAAAAGAUCUUCAAAGUACAAGAACAAUUACAAAUGUAAAGAGUGCUCUUUGGAGAAUUUCCUACCCAGAAAUCUCAGCAGACAGGUUGCUGUAGCCCAGGAGUCUGUUGCUGUGAGCUGUCUGCAGUUCUCAGGGGAUGGACAGCAGCUGGCCUGUGGCUUAGGUAACCACCUGUUGAUCUUCAAUGCCAGCCUUUCAGGAGCACCGGCUGCCUUUUCAGGUCAUGAUGGAGCUGUGAGCACUGUCUGCUGGAGCCAUGACAAGAGGUGGCUGCUGUCUACAGGCCGAGACCAGACACUGAGGGUGUGGUCAGUCCACAGGACGGAACUCAUGCUGCUUUUGGCUCCAGAUGCUUUUCCCAAGCCAGUAACAUCUGCACAGUUCUACUACAUGGACACUUUCAUACUGCUGUCUUCCGGCCCAGAGUUUUGUCUGCUGAAGUACCACAUUGACCUCUGUAGGGAUGACAUACGACGGUAUAAACCAAAAAGCAGGUAUAAGCCUGUUUUCAGGCUACCAAUGACCAGUGGGGCAGAUAUAACCAGCCUGUCAGCAGUGAACGACUUUUAUUCCCACAUCGUCCUCACAGCUGGCCGGGACCGGACUGUGGAAGUUUUUGACCUCAAUGCUGGCUGUAGCGCUGCAGUGCUUGCUGAAGUCCAUUCCCGGCCGGUUCAUCGAAUUUGUCAAAAUAAAGGAUCAUCCUUUGUAGCCCAGCAUUCCCUGGCAUAUAAUCUUUUCCUGACUGCAGCUGUUGGUGAUGGGAUUCGACUGUGGGACUUGAGGAGCCUGAGGCUUACGUGUAUGAAAUGGGCUCAAGCAGCUUUCUGCACCGCCUUGCAGGACACACAGAUACAAUUACUGAAGUGGCCUUCAACCCAGCAGCUCCUCAGCUUGUCACAGCCACCUUAGACGGGAAACUUCAGCUAUUUGUGGCUGAGUGAUGGCUGACGUGCUGACACAUUGUUGGCUGGUUUUCUAUCAACUCCACACAAGUUGGAGUCACUUGGGAAGGAGGUACCUCAAUUGAGAAAAUGCCCCCACCAGCUUGGCCUGUGGUGCAUCUUCUUGAUGGAUGAUUGAUGUUGGAGGAUUCGGAUCACUGUGGGCAGCACCACUCCUGGGCUGCUAGUCCUGGCUGCUAUCAUGAACCGGAGUAAACCAGGAGCCUCAAUCCAGUAAGCAGCACUCCAUGUCCUCUGCAUCAGCUACUGCCUCCAGAUGCCUGUCCUGACUUCAUCCAAUAAUGGAUCAUGAAGCAGAAGUGGAAACAAAAUAAUGUCCCUUCUCCCC